AUGUCGCUACCUGAAGCUUACCAAAUUGAGAUCAAGGCCCUCGAUCAACUCGUGCUUCAACGUCAUCCCACCGAUAUCCUUCAAUUCUGCGCGAACUACUUUGCCAGGCGCCUCAGCCCCGAAAGAGAAUAUACCGAACACUUCUCUACGCCCCCGAGUGUCGGCGUAAACACAAAGUACACGUCUGUCGAGUCGACGCCUGCACCCCAGACCAUGUCUGCCCCGUUCGCCAGCCCCUUCGGGGCCAACGCCAACCCUUUUGGCGCUCGCGCUGCGUCACCCGCCGCUGGCAGCAACGUCAUGCACAGAGUGAUUGAGGAGGACGAAGCAGACACGAUCGCCUCACCAACGUCCCCGAGCUUUGGUGCCUCUGCUCAAGCUUUCCGCAGCCCCUUUGGCAAUGCUAGUCCUUUUGGCAACAGCAGUCCCUUCGGCGGUGCUGGCGACGCGCCCUUCGAUGGCCCUCCGACCGUUCGAAGCCCUCCUAACCCCGAAAAUUAUCCUGCCGAGUACAACUUUGGCCGCCGCACCUCAGUGUCGGCCGAGUCCUUGCAGCCGUCAGCAGACUCAACCGAAAGCAACUGGACACCUCCCUACCACGAGAAGACACCCGAGCAGCUCUCCCGCUUGCAAAAAGCUAUGGAAGUCAACUUCCUUUUCAGCCACCUAGAAGAUGACUCCAGCGCCCAGAUCUUGGGGGCGCUUAAUGAGAAGCCAAUCCCGGCAAAAGACAUUAAGGUUAUUAGUCAAGGCGACGCAGGCGACUUUUUCUACAUUGUCGAAAAGGGCUCUUUUGACUUUUACGUCAACAGCAGCGGUGCUCUGCAACCUGGUCCAGAGGGCAUGGGCCAGAAGGUUGGCUCGAUCCAAGCCGGAGGCUCCUUCGGUGAACUGGCUCUCAUGUACAAUGCCCCACGAGCGGCGACAGUUAUCUCGGCCGAGGCGGGAUGCGUACUGUGGGCCCUCGAUCGCCUGACCUUCCGUCGGAUUCUCAUGGAGUCCACCUUUUCAAGGAGGCGCAUGUACGAGAGCUUCCUUGAAGAAGUACCUCUUCUUUCGAGCCUCACACCAUAUGAGCGAUCCAAGAUUGCCGACGCGCUCGAGACUCGAAAGUUUGGACCCGGAGAAACCAUCAUCAAGGAAGGAGAUCCCGGCAAUGCGUUCUACCUGUUGGAAUCGGGCGAAGCAGACGCAUACAAGACAGAUAUUGAGGGCUCGGUGAAACACUACAGCAAGGGAGACUUUUUCGGCGAGCUGGCGCUGAUGAACGAUGCCCCGCGUGCUGCUAGUGUAGUCGCGACAUCCGAGGUCAAGGUGGCAAGCUUGGGCAAGAAGGCCUUUGCAAGGCUGCUCGGCCCGGUGGAAGGCCUGCUUCGGAGGACGCAAUAUCAAGGGAUCGAGACGGGUGUCGAGGACAUGGAUCCUCUGCAAGCCUCUUGA